AUGGCUUCAGAAGUGAUAGAGGUCACCCUGGAGACUCGUGCUUCGAGGAUGGAAGUUAUCAAGGCGUUAGAGAAGUGCAGAACGUCCCACGCGACAGCACCGGUUGCGCUCGUCAUCAAGAACCUCCAGCUUCUUGAGGACGCAGAACAGAUAUUGUGCCCGGCUCUCACAGAAGAUCAGACUAAGGUCGGACGAUAUCAUUACGUUUCAAAGACAAAGUCAGAACAACGCCGUACAGUGAAAAGAAACUGUGACCCAAAGAGAGGCCAUAGCAACUUGGUCGUUAUGCCUACAACUGAUUACCUUUUGCUUUGCAGAGUAUAUCUACUGGCCUCGCAUACGACUGUGUUCGGCCGAUACACCAACAAAAGCGACAAACAAAUGAAUAAAAGCCGCAAUUCUGUGGAGAUGAUAGUGCUGGAGAACUCAGCGCUUGAGCUGCCAAACUGCCGACGCAUCCUCUUCUCGCACGAUUACGAGCCGGUAAAAGGCUUUCUACUCCGUCACCUGCGUCGGAGUCUGGUGGACAUGGCCGUCAGUGAAGCAAUUAAACAAUCCGAGGGGGCCUGGCUGAUCUUGAACGGGGAAGGGAACGACCUGAAACUACGAGAUCAAGUCGCGUUGGAUGCCAAACUGUGGAAUUGGCACAUCACACUGAUGGAGAACUUGGUGAACUGGCUUCCACAGGUCUGGCGAAGAGUCAACUUGUUUCUUUCCGAUCAGGCUGCAUCCUCAGUGACGAAGCCAGGAUGGUCUGUAGAGCUAACUCCAAGCCUGUUAGCUGACUGUCCUCUCCGGCCUGGAGAAUCGAGUGAGGCCUGGUUCGUGCAAACCUGGAACCAACGAGUAGUGCCUCAUGUGCACGCAUGCCUGCUUCGCCUAGGCUGCACAAAUUUCACUGAAACGGUAACUAAACUGAUGAGAAUUCUGUGA